ACUCAUGUUAUUUAUUGGUCUCGACCACAGAGGCAGACGAAAAAACGUGGACGGUGUUAGCUCCAAUUCUCUGCCCAAUGUUAAAUUUAACAGUCUUGACAGUUUGACAGUUAGUUGGCGUUAAGUAACACAAGUAACGGAGUCGGGAAAUACAACGUUAUAGCGAUAAAAUGACGGAACGGUCCUCGUUGUUGCUACGUAAACAAUUAGCAGAGCUCAACAAGAACCCAGUGGAAGGCUUUUCUGCCGGUCUGGUAGAUGAUGAUGACAUCUAUCAGUGGGAAGUGGUUGUCAUUGGACCCCAAGACACAUUGUUUGAAGGAGGUUUCUUCAAAGCCACCUUAACUUUCCCCCGUGACUAUCCUUUGAGGCCUCCAAAGUUGAAGUUCGUCACGGAAAUCUGGCAUCCAAAUGUGGCAAAAAAUGGAGAUGUCUGCAUCUCCAUCCUGCAUGAACCCGGGGAGGACAAGUAUGGAUAUGAGAAGCCUGAGGAGCGCUGGCUGCCAAUCCACACAGUUGAGACCAUCAUGAUCAGUGUUAUCUCCAUGUUGGCAGACCCCAAUGGAGACUCUCCUGCCAACGUAGACGCAGCUAAAGAGUGGCGGGAGGAUCCUAAAGGAGUUUUUAAGAAAAAGGUGGCACGCUGUGUGCGGAGGAGUCAAGAGAUGGCUUAUGACUAAGGAUUACUCCAGCCAUCAACACAAUUGGAACUGCACAGGGGAUUUGAAGACUGGUUACACUUAAGUCGGCUAGAUGACCAUGGGGCCAUCAACUAGUCACCCAGACAAGAAAAAAAGGCUUGCAGGAAAUGUUUAAAAACCCAUAUUUCACCACUAAUUUGUGUCUUGCAGUUUGAGGGUUGAAAUUUAUGAAUCAUGUUGAAUGGCAGAGGCAUUCACGCUGCCAAAAGUUAAAUUUUUCCGCCAUCAAUUGCACCAGACACUUUCUGGUCAUGCAUUCACGAUACAUCCCAAUGUACAUACUGGUCAGAUUUUAGGAGCAAUCCCCUUUUGUUAUUUAGUUUACAUUUAUAUUGACCUAUUUAUUUAGAGUGAGGCUGAUUUGAGAUGCAUAGCAUCUGUUAUGGAGUUUUCUUUUUUUUUUUUUUCAACCUGCCACACUGAGCCAUCCAGUCCACAGCUAUUUUAAUCAAAUAUUUUUAUUUUUUUUGCAGUAUUUGUAGUCACACUCACACACCUCAUUUCACUGCACACCCUAAGUGUUCUGCAGAGAAAGUGGUCCUUCUCUCCCUGAUGGGCAAACGUAUCACCCAGCGCUGCCUUAACUUUGACUGCCAGCUAAAUAAAUGUAUCUUCAAUAAGGACUGCAUCUGAAGGCCGGUUUAGAAUCCAGAAAAAAACAACUUGUGGACAAACCAAAGAGAAUACACCAAUAAAUAUAUAUAUUUUAACAAACGGGCUACAUUUUGUACUCAUGUAAAUAUAAACAGUUUGACCUUGCUUUGAUAAACUGUCCAUAUGCUUUUAAACACUGCAUGUGUACAGAGAAAAUGCAUUCACCUUGCCUAUGGGAGAGGCGGUAUGUUGAUAUUGUACAGUAGCACUUGAAACAGGCCUUUUUAAAGUCACAUGUCACAGAAGAUGCACAGGUGUAUAUAGUAAAAUUAAUAGUGGCUUAAUUUCCAUUAAGCUGCUCCAGUUUCAGGGUCCUGGUUCACCUCACUGUACUUUCCUUUUUUUACAGAGGUACUUGAACAGAAUGUAGCCACUUUAAUGUUAUCAGUAACACCUUUUUUCCAAUUUCAAGUAAAUAAGUCGACUGCAGUAUAGGCCUAUACCACCAACAAAAUGAUCUGCUGAUCAAGUGACUUAAUAGAGCUAAACAGUAAUAACUGCAAUUUAUGUGCUUAGUAUGGGCAUCAUUUGAAUAAUGACACCCACUCAAUGAACUUUACAUUGUGAAAAAAUAGUAAUAAACCUUAUUGUGGACAUGUGAGUGAGUGAAAUAUUUUUACCUCUCAACUGUACAACUUUGU